AUGAAGUGGUCUGCCCUCGCCCCCCUCUUCGCCGCGGCACCCACCCUCGCCGCGGUCCACGAGAUCUGGUGGAACAUCACCUACGUCGAGAACGCCAACCCCGACGGCCUUCAGCCCCGUCGCGUUAUUGGUGUCAACGGCACAUGGCCUCCCCCGCCCAUUGAUGUCACGACCGACGAUGUCCUGCUCGUCCAUGCCACCAACUCCAUUGAGGAGCCUUCUUCUCUCCACCACCACGGCAUGUUCUUCAACUCUACCUCAUGGAUGGACGGCGCGGUCGGCGUCUCGCAGUGUGGUAUCCCGACUGGGUCCACCUUCGACUACGUCGUACCCAUUAACUCUUCGGGUCAAUGGGGCACCUACUGGGUGCACGCACAUGCUUCGGGUCAAUAUGUCGAUGGUCUUCGCGCCCCCGUAGUCAUUCACCCGCCGAAGGAGGUGCACACCUAUGACGAGGAGUUCACCGUCGUUCUUGGCGACUGGUAUCACGAUCAGCAUUCCACUCUUCUUGACCAGUUCGUCAACAUCGCGAACCCGGGCGGUGCCGAGCCUGUCCCCGACUCGGCCCUCGUUUACUUUGCGCAAAACGGGACUUACCUUGGCCCUAUCUCCGGGACGUCGCCCGACCCGGUCACCGGUGCCGUGGGCUUCAACGAGAACGCGACGCUGCCUUUCCAGCCCGGAAAGACUUACCGUCUGCGCAUCGUGAACACUAGCGCGUUCGCGGCGUUCUUCUUCUGGAUCGAUGGCCACGACAUGCGCAUUAUCGAGGCGGAUGGUGUCGACACCGAGGAGUCGCCUAUCGACCUCAUCUCCAUCACCGUCGCGCAGCGCUACUCUGUCCUCGUCACCGCACGUAACGACACGACGGCUUCGAACUGGGCUAUCCACGCCAACAUGGACACCGACAUGUUCGACACCAUCCCUGACGCGCUCAACCCCAACAUCACCUCGUCCGUGACCUACGAUGCGUCUCAGCCGCUCACCGAUCUCGGCGCGGUCGCUGAGUACCACGACGUGGACGACCUCGCUCUCGUUCCCGUCGCCGCCAAGGAGCUCCCCCUCGCCGACCGCACGAUCGAGCUCGAAGUGUUCUUCGACACAAUGGCGGAUGGCACGAACCACGCGAUGUUCAACAUGGUCACCUACAACAGCCCGCUGGUACCGUCGAUCAUGUCUGAGAUGACCCUCGGCGAGAACGCGACCGCUGUGUCUGCCUACGGCCCCAACUCAUUCGUCCUCGACCACCUGAGCGUGUUCGACAUCGUCCUCAAGAACGGUGAUGCCGGCAAGCACCCCUUCCAUUUGCACGGGCACAACAUGCAGCUCGUCGGCCGCGCGCAGGAUUACACCUCCGACGACCCCGAGCUCAACCCGCCCCUGAACAACAGCCAGGCUAACCCCAUGCGUCGCGACACCGUGCAGGUCCCCUCAGGGACCUCCGUCACCCUCCGUGUCGUCGCAGACAACCCCGGAGCCUGGUUCUUCCAUUGCCAUAUCGAAUGGCAUUUGGAAGUCGGUCUCGCGGUGACGUUCCUUGAGGCACCCACCAUCGCUCAGGAGCGCGACGCCAUCCCCCAGUUCAUGUUCGACCAGUGCCAGGCGCUGGGCAAGCCUAUCUCCGGCAAUGCCGCCGGACACGCAUCCGCCACCGACCUCACUGGCCUUACCACUGGGCCCUUCCCGCAGAACAACGGCUGGCACGCGAAGGGCAUCGGCGCAAUGUUCGGCUGUGUCCUUACCGCGACGAUCGGAAUGGCCUCCGUGACGUGGUACACGCUCGGCGGGCACAUCUCCGAGGAGGAGAUGGAGCAUGAGGCGCGCGAGCAGCAGGAGGCGAAGGCGCGCCGUGGCCGUUUCUUCGGCUUGAUCAAGCAGCGCUCUUGAGCGAGCCUUGCUCCGACGUAGGCGUGCGUCGUCGUGCGGUGUAUUUCUUAAUACUCUUAUUAUGAUAAAAGGGCGGGGCGCGCGCGCGACAGGGCAGCGCGUCGGCCGCGGGGCUGUUGGUAGUAGUUAGACGAUCACGCACAUGUGUAGUACUCAUGAUCUUCUCAUGGAUUUGACGAUUU